AUGUCCUCUCAAGCAUUCUCCUCAGUUCAUCCAAAUGCGGCAGCAUCCGACGUGAAUGUUACUAUUGACACCUUUGUUGCCAAAUUAAAGAGAAGACAAGUACAAGGUUCGUAUGCCAUCGCCCUGGAAACUUUACAAUUGUUAAUGAGAUUUAUCUCUGCUGCUCGUUGGAACCAUGUUAAUGACCUUAUUGAGCAAAUCAGAGAUUUAGGUAAUAGUCUAGAAAAAGCUCAUCCCACUGCUUUCAGUUGCGGUAACGUCAUUAGAAGAAUACUGGCUGUCUUAAGAGAUGAAGUAGAAGAAGACACUAUGAGUGCAACUGUCACAUCCACAUCCGUUGCUGAACCUUUGAUUUCAUCCAUGUUCAAUUUAUUACAGAAACCUGAGCAACCUCACCAGAAUAGGAAAAAUAACUCCGGUAGCUCUAAUAUGAAAACCAAGACUGAUUACCGCCAAGUAGCCAUUCAGGGUAUCAAAGAUCUUAUAGAUGAAAUCAAAAACAUUGACGAAGGUAUUCAACAGAUUGCUAUUGAUUUGAUUCACGAUCAUGAAAUUUUAUUAACUCCCACACCUGAUUCAAAGACUGUGCUAAAAUUUCUGAUUACUGCUCGCGAACGUAGUAAUAGAACAUUUACAGUUCUAGUCACAGAGGGGUUCCCUAACAACACAAAAAAUGCACAUGAAUUUGCCAAAAAAUUAGCACAACACAACAUAGAAACCCUAGUAGUUCCAGACUCAGCAGUUUUUGCUUUGAUGUCCCGUGUGGGUAAGGUGAUUAUCGGCACUAAAGCUGUUUUUGUCAACGGGGGUACUAUCUCGUCAAAUUCAGGUGUAUCAUCCGUUUGUGAAUGCGCCCGAGAAUUCAGAACUCCAGUAUUUGCUGUUGCAGGUUUGUAUAAACUAUCUCCUCUAUAUCCGUUCGAUGUCGAGAAGUUUGUUGAAUUUGGGGGGUCCCAGCGUAUAUUACCUAGGAUGGAUCCAAGAAAAAGAUUAGAUACUGUUAAUCAAAUUACCGAUUAUGUCCCGCCUGAGAACAUCGAUAUCUACAUUACAAACGUUGGUGGGUUCAAUCCAAGUUUCAUAUAUCGUAUUGCAUGGGAUAAUUACAAGCAAGUUGAUGUGCAUUUGGAUAAAAAGAAGGUGUGA